AUGCUAAUAGGACCUGAUCAGAAGGAGUACACUUACGCGUUGCGGUUCAAGUUCGAGACAACGAACAACGAGGCGGAAUACGAAGCAUUAUUAGCAGGGCUCCGGAUAGCGAAGGACAUGAAAGUCCGACACAUACAUGUAUAUGUAGACUCGCAGCUAGUAGCCAAACAAGUCCAAGGGGAGUUCGAAGCAAAACAAUCAACAAUUAAAAAAUAUUUAGAGAAAGUUCAUGAAUUGAUAAACUGCUUCGGGUCAUUCGAAAUAGAACACAUAAGGAGGAACCAGAACCAAAAAGCGGAUGCGCUUAGCAAGCUGGCAUCCCUAACAUUUUCUCAUCUAGCCAAAGACGUUCUGAUAGAGGUCCUCGAAGACAGAUCAAUAGAAGGGAAGGAAGUACUAGCAACAAUCACGGAAGACCUGAACAACUGGAUAACACCUAUAAAGGAAUAUCUAGUGAGUGGGCUCCUCCUAGAGGAUAAGAACGAAGCUCGGAAAAUAAGAAUUAAAGCGCCUCAGUUCAAAUUAAUGGAUGGAGUCCUGUACAAGAAAGCCUCCCUAACCCCAUGGCUGAGGUGCGUUGGGCCAAACGAAGCAAACAUGAUAAUAACAGAAACACACGGAGGGAUCUGCGGACACCAUGCUGGCCCAAGGUCGAUAGUAGCGAAGAUACUGCGACUCGGCUACUACUGGCCAACUAUGCAUCAGGAUGCAUCAGCAACGAUACAAGUAUGUGUAAAUUUCCAACUACACGCAAAUGUCAGUAGGAUGCCCAAACAAGACAUGACCUCCGUUAUCUCAGCUUGGCCCUUCGCGCAAUGGAGAAUAGACAUAGUGGGACCAUUACCAGCAGCACUGUCAGGACACAGGUUUUUGAUCGUCGCGAUUGAUUACUUCACCAAAUGGGUAGAAGCAAAACCGCUGACGGAGAUCACAGGGAAGAACGUUGAAAAAUUCAUCUUCGAGCAUAUAAUUUGCCGAUUCGGGGUGCCACACACCAUCAUCUCCGAUAAUGGGAAACAAUUCUUGGAGGGCACAUUCCCAGAUUUCUGCGGUUGGUUAAAAUUACAGCAAAAUUGUACCUUCGUAUAUCAUCCCUAA